CUCGAAGUACCAACGGCAACUUCGCGUGCCACGGCUGUGUGCAGCACAUAAAUCGAAGUUCGAACUUGGCCGCGACCAGGUCCCGCAGGUGCCAUUUCUGCACCAGCACGAUGGCAGGAAGAAGGAGCAGCUCCGACGUGCUGCUGAACCGCGAGCUCCUCUCGACCAUUGCCACGUUCCAAGGUGGCCUGUACCGCGAGGUCCGGCCCAUCCUCCGCGACUGGCGCGCGAAGCGCCUCCACGCACGCACAAGCUUCCUCGUCGCUGCGCUGGAACUCGCGAAAGGUCUCCGCCUCCUCCAGCGACUCGUCUUGUGCCAGCCCGAUAUUAUGACGCCGGACGUGCUCGAUCACAUUGUGCACCUUGGCCACUUGGACGCGGUCAAGUACGUCACGUUGCACCUCCCAACCUUACGCUGCUCGCCAAACGCGCUCAACAUGGCGGUGAGCAGCGGCCACCUCGAUCUUGUCACGUACCUUCACGCCCAAGGCACGAAGAGCUGGACCGAGCACACGCUGGACCUGGCGGCAGAAAGCGGGCACCUCAAGAUGGUCCGCUACCUCCACGACCAUGGCCUCGGCGCGUCCACGUAUGCGAUGGAUUGCGCGGCCGGGCGCGGGUCCCUUGACAUUGUCCGGUUUCUGCACACCCAUCGAGGCGAAGGGUGCACGACGUCGGCCAUGGACCGCGCGUGCGCCAACGGUCACAUGGACGUCGUUCGCUUCCUGCACGCGAACCGCACGGAGGGCUGUACGCGCGACGCCAUGGACAGCGCUGCCGGCAGCGGCCACCUCGACAUGGUCACAUUUCUGCACCAGCAACGGUCGGAAGGGUGUACGUCGCGGGCCAUGGACCAAGCGGCUGGGAACGGGCAUCUGCAGGUCGUCGCGUUUUUGCACGAGCAUCGCCACGAAGGGGCAACAACGCUCGCGAUCGAUAUGGCAGCCGCGCACGGCCACUUGCAUGUGGUCGAGUUCCUCGUGCAGCACCGACGCGAGGGCUGGCGGGACGCAGUCUCGUGGGCCGCACGGAAUGGCCACGCCUCCAUUGUCGCGUACCUUGAAUCCAUCUAAUCUUAUAACACACAUUGUACAGUA